UCCGCUGACUUCAGCCCAACACGGAAUCUCGAGUGGACAAUCGAAAAUGCGAGUAGUUUCUUCUCAAACGUCUCUAGAUCAACAGAAAUACUUACAUCAUAUCACUCAACUUCUAUCUUUUGAAGGAAUUGAGUGGUGUCUUUAACUAAUUCAGGGCAGUAAAGCUGUGGCACCGGUUGUAAUUUCCAGUCAAGCCAAGAAGAAGCUUUACAAGCAAUAUGGCUGCAGGAGGAUCUAGCAAAUCAUAUCGCAACAUCAAUAAUAUGUCUAAAGAUCUUCUAGGAAAACGUGUUGUAAAAUUAUCAAACUAUCAUGCGUUCUUGCAGAAACUAGGAAGGAAUUUGUGCUCUGAUAAUCAGCUUACAGAAACUUUAAAUUGGGAAAGACUUGCAGAAGAACUAGGAUUGUGCACAUAUGAGGUAGAAAACAUCCAUCGAUAUGCCUCAUUUCAAAAGAUAUAUCCUGGAAGUGUGCUAAUUAGACAAUGGGGUGAAAGUGAAGGUAGCACUGUAUAUGUGCUUCUUAAGGCAUUGAGGAAAAUAGGACGAGAGGAUUGUGUUGAAGAGGUUUGUCAGGCACUUGAAGAUGAGAAUACAAUGGAGUUGCAUUACAGUAUUGAAUAUGAUUCUGGUGUCAAGGAGUUUUCAACUGUAAAAACUAAAACAAAUGCAAGCCUUGGUUCAAGCUUAGAAAAUAUUCUCAAAGGAUUGGUGUGCUACAGUAUAAUAGGACCUGACUCGACAGUAACUUGGCAAACAGUUGCAGGAACAUUAAAGGGUAAACAGCUCUCCUUGAAAAAGAUACCAUUUGACAUAAAACAUCAAAACUCUUUAUAUGGACAUAUUUUUAAUAAUCGCUGUCAGUUUCCCAAUGAAUUAACAUUUAUUGGCAAAGAUGUGAAGAUGUAUUCAAGAUUUCCUACAAAUAUUCCGAUAACCCAAGAAUCACACUCCUCAUUUACAACUGAUGAAAAUGCAGUUGUGAAAACCCAGAGUACUACUUCAAAAUAUUGUGAUGAAUCUGCCUGUCCUAAUGUAAUUCAACCAAAAGAAUCACAAACUAUAGAACAAACCGAGUCUAACCAGACUUUCAAGCAUUGUAAGAGUUUUGAAGAAACCAAUUUCCACAGUCUAACAGAGGUUAAGAGAUAUGAAAAAACUAUUCCAGUUGUAACUGCUUCAGAGGAAACUUGUCUAAAGAAGUGCCACGCAAAGUUGGAUGUUUAUAAUGAUUCGGUCAAACACUUAGAUAUAUGUUAUUCAUGCGAAAUGAACACCUCUGGGUGUUUUACAGGAUGUCGCAAUUUUCAUUGUGGUGCUGAAAAUUGUACUCAUUCUCUGGUGUGGCAAGAUGGUCAAUUACAAUAUUCUAACUUACCUCAAGAGGAGUUAAAUAUUAGCAAAGAUUCUAUUAUGGAUACCAGAGACUCUCUCGAAAUAUACACAUCUGGUCAAUUCACACAAGAAGAGACAGAUUAUAUUCCUCACACUUCGGUUUUUUCACGGAGGAAGUCAAUUGCCAAUAUUUCGCCAUUGAACAGCCCAUGUAAAGAUGAAACAGAAAAGUCUAUUUGUUUUAACAUGACCUCACCAGCUCAAAAAGGUGGUGAGAAUAAUAGUGACUCUCUACUUCGUACGGCUCUAAGGAGGAGUUUUGAAAAAAAGGCCUCAGAAAAGAGUGACUUUCCAACUCCAAAACCCUGUAAAAGAUUUACUCUACAAUCCCAAAAUAAGGAGACUGACUUUGAUUCUGUUCAGCUUGAUAGUGGUACAGUGGAUCUUGAGAGCCAUGUUAGCACUGUAGAGGAAGAACUGUCUAAAAGACCGCCACAUUGUCGCCUCCCAGUUUCAGCUGAUGUAAAUAUUGAUAUGGAUUCAAGUGACUCUGAAUCUGGUGUUCGUCCAAAUAGUUUGCCACUAGAAUCUUCUAUGACAUAUAUUAAUAUGUCUGGCACAGGUGCAUUCAGUCUGGCUCGACGUCCACUGCCUCCCAGACCAAGAGACAUUCAUGAAUGCAGUGUAUCAAAUAUUUUCCAUAGUUGCAGUAUGGGUGAUAUGAUAAUGUUGAAUCAUGACGAUGAAUAUAAUUACAUUAAUAAUGAUGACCAAACUCAGAUUUCUACAUGUGAAUCUAUGGCUUCUAACGUGCAAGUUAAAAAAAGGCUUCAGAACCAACAAAAACCAUUAGUGAAAAGUCAUUCGAUGACAGCUAUUCAAGAUUUAGCCAGUGUUCCAGGAUGGUGUUCCAGUAUUAAUGAAGAAAAUGUAUCAGCUACUAUGAGCAAAUAUAAAAAUGAUGAUGGUAAUUUUAUGGUGUGGAGGAUGAAGAAUGGUACCUUUGUUAUUACUGUAAGCCAUUUACGUGAUCUAAGGCAUUAUGCUAUCCAUAAUAGACCUGUCGAUGGAUAUGUGCAUUAUUAUAUCUUUAAUGGUGGUUUUAUGUCUACAUCUGUAGCAGACCUAGUACAACAUUACCAAAUAGAAGGCCUGAAAGGCCCAGAUCCUAUGUUGGAUGGCAGAAGAGGCAAAAAAUGGCAGAAGUUCUCCCAUGUGAAAUUAAAAGCUCCCAUGAAGUCAAAAAUUAAUGUUAGAAAAAAUAAUGAUUAAUGUGUUGUGUAUCAUUGGCGGUCCACAAAAAGGCAUUCACAACAGCUUUAGUGCCUAUUUUUUGGUAUCUAAAUAUGCUUGAGAUCAGUGAUGGGAUUUCAAAAUUUUACUUGUCGGACAUUUUGCCGAAAAUAAAGGGGCAUAACUCUUAUCGUUAUUUAAGCAGGCGAAUUCGUACCACAAUUAAAAGUCACAUGUCAAAAUAUUCAAAUCCCGUACGUAAUAAAAAUAGGUGAACCUCGCUAUUUUUCAUAUUUAAUUCCCGUACAGUAUUCAAUUCAUACCACAAUUAAAAACCACAUGUCAACAAAAUAUUCAAAUCCCGUACGUAAUAAAAAUUGGUGACCUCGCUAUUUUUCACACUUAAUUCCCGUACGGCAUUCAAAUUUAUGUCAGUAAAUGUCCUACAAGAUUAAGCAUUUUCAUGAUAUGUUGAAUGAAAGCUUGCCGAUCCUGCUUCGGCAUCAAAUUCACAACCAUAAUAUUCCUUUAGAAUUACGUGUCUUCGUUUAUACGGCAGCAAAUGAAUGCAGAACUUCCGAAAUAGUUAAAUCACUUGUAAACAGGCAUAGCUAACUUCAGCGAAUAACACUCUUUCAUAGUCACGACCGAGUGACAGGCAUCAUAGGCAACACAGCAGAAUGAUUGACGCCUACAAAUACGUUAGAAUUUCUGCUCAUAUAGCUAUUGGUAGCCCCUCCCCUUUUUGUUAUUUUGCUGGGUGCGUACUAGUCACGGUCACCCAGAAACUCCUAGUCUUCAACAUAUUCGUAGAAUAUUUUUCUGGAUAAUAGAGACUAAUAGCCUACGUAACUCAUCACACGGCUUCAGAGUAAGCACUGCCUAAUAAUAUGUUAAGCAAUAUUCGUGCCGCGCUCGAGAUCAAGGGAAAGUGCCACCGUGGAUGAGAAUUUCUAUAUGGAUUCUUAAAAGACGUAAAAGAUAUCGUAGACAAAAUGACUGUCCAUUGAUUUAGGGUGUUAUUUACUCUUACGAUAUGUGACAUCUAUGAUUAGUUUAUUAUAGAUGAUGUCGGCUCACAUCAAUGCGAUUAAGAUGCCCGACAAAUGAGGUGGAUUAAAAUUAUAAUCAUUCUUAUUGAAUUGAUGAAUAGUCCGACAAAAGGAAAGCAAUGACUUCUGUUUAAGAUUAGAUUGAUGAAUUGUCCGACAAAGUCAGUCAAUCAAGGCAGAUUAAGUAGUUAAAUCAAGGUAAGUUUAUACUAUAGACGGUAUAACACGAUAAAUACGUUGAUCACUUAAUUACCUAAUAAACCCAGCGUAUUAUCGCCGAUAAUCGGGUUGAGUGGUAGUUAUACACUCAGUAAACUAUAUUAAUUUCGGAAUUUUGAAUAUUAUUCACCAUGUCUUGAUGUCCGAUUGGGCAUAUUCCCGGUCGGACAAUUUUGGGCGUUUGGAAAAAAGAUUCGGACAAGUCCGGAAUAUACGGGCAAAAUCCCAUCACUGCUUGAGAUGAUACUGAACAAUAAAAAAUGGAUGAAAAUCCAAUUCCAAAAUAAUGACUUUGGAAUUUGGAAAAAUAUCAAGAAACUGUAUCAUUCACCACUGUGCAGCUACAGGGUAAACAACACAAAAGAAGCCUUGAUGGCUUAGAUUUUGGCUGUUGUGUUUUCAUCAAUUUUUAGGACGCUCCAUAUGAAAAAUGUUGAUAUUAAAAGAAGUGACGGUUAUUGUAAAGGUCAAUGUCUAUAAUAUUAUGAUAUACCACCUGAUUUAUCCAUAAUUGUGAUAGUAUAAGUAAAAAAAGUAGCCUACAUACUGCAUCUUUGUUUACCUUUCAUUGUUAUUCUGAUAUGAAUUAAUUUUAUUCUGUAGUUGUUUAAAGAUACAUUAUGGGAGAUUCGAUAACGAGUUGGCAGUUUUCACUAUAAUAAUUAAAAACUAGAUAACGUAAAGGCAAUUUGCUGAAAAUUUCAUUCAAAUUGAUCCACUAUGAAACGAGAACUAAGCGAAUGAAAUUUCUGCCUAGCCUCGGUCAUCAUUACUAAAGUCAGUAUGUUAAACAGCAUAGUCUCGAUUAUCCAUUAAAUCGUUUAAUCGAGAAGGAAAGUUAUGCAGUAAAUCGGAUCACAAUCUACUUAAGAUUGCAGGCUAGCGAUGCCAUCUAGAGUUGAUUAUGGUCUGGAUAAGUUAAUUAAUGUCUAAUUAAUAAUUUAGAUAACAUUUCAGGCCUAAAGAAAGACCUGCAAUAGACAGAUUUAGCUCUUGCAUAAUGUAUGUUUAAAUUAAAUAUUUAAAAAGUUUUAUUUUAAAUUAACACUAACAGAAAAAAAAAAUGUUUACGUUUUUAAAACGGUGAAGUGCUUUAUUACUAAACGAAAUACGGCGUAAUUGUGUGUAUGUAAAUGAAACCUUACAUAUCAAUAUAAUGUUUUGGCAAAUGUUGGCAGUUUAAUGAUUAUUUGCAUCGCUAUUUGGUGCAGAACACUUCGUAGCUAUAAUGGAAUUAAUAGUUUUUAUACGCCCACAUUUUCAUGUGAACGUAUAUUGUCGUCGCCCCUGUCCGUCCGUCCACAAUUUGUCUGUGGACACUCUACAGGUCACAAUUCUUAUCCGAUUUUGACGAAACUUGAAAUAUAGGUUUAUCUCCAAAAGAUCUCGCUUCCUUUCGAUAUUGGCAUGUAUUGGAUCGAAACUUCAUGGAUUAUGGCCCCUGUUUGUACGAAAAAUCACGUUUUUAGCUUGUGGACACUAUAGAGGUCACAAUUUUUAUCUGAUUUUGUUGAAACUUGAAAUCUAAGUUGAUAAUCCAAAGAUAUCGGUUCCUUUCAAUAUUCGCGCAUAUCGGACCGUAACUUCCUGAAUUAUGGCCCCUGAUUGUUCGAAAAAUCGCGUUUUUAGCUAGUGGACCCUAUAGAGGUCAUAAUUUUUAUCCGAUUUAAAAAAACAGAUUAUUAUAUCACCGUUACACCCUAAAGAUGGCUGAGUUCGAAUUUCGUGAAAAUCGGCCCAAGAUUGACAGACAAAAUGGCCGCCCUUCGUUCUCAAAUAGCGUAAAAAUAUGGUAUAUCAAGGUUGUGGACCCUAUAGAGGUCACAAUUUUUAUCCGAUUUUGUUGAAACUUGAAAUGUAAGUUUAUAACACAAAGAUCUCAGUUCGUCUCGACAUUCGCGCACAUCGGACUAUAACUUCCUGAAUUAUGGCCCCUGAUUGUACGAAAAAUCGCGUUUUUAGCUAGUGGACCCUAUAGAGGUCAUAAUUUUUAUCCGAUUUAAAAAACCAGAUUAUUAUAUCACCGUUACACCCUAAAGAUGGCUGAGUUCGAAUUUCGUGAAAAUCGGCCCAAAAUUGACAGACAAAAUGGCCGCCCUUCGUUCUCAAAUAGCGUAAAAAUAUGGUAUAUCAAGGUUGUGGACCCUAUAGAGGUCACAAUUUUUAUCCGAUUUUGUUGAAACUUGAAAUGUAAGUUUAUAACACAAAGAUCUCAGUUCGUCUCGACAUUCGCGCAUAUCGGACUAUAACUUCCUGAAUUAUGGCCCCUGAUUGUGCGAAAAAUCGUGUUUUUAGCUUGUGGACCCUAUAGAGGUCAUAAUUUUUAUCCGAUUUAAAAAACCGUAUAAUUAUAUCACCGUUACACCAUAAGGCCGACGAUCGAAUUGUAAUUUCCUGAAUUAUGGCCCUUGAUUGUAGGAAAAUUCACUUUCUUUUUAGCUUAUUCUCUAUCCAUCUCUCGAAAAUGUGGGCGUAUUCUGCCUGGCAGCCGCUGGUUUCAUAAUUGAUAAAAAUAAACCUAUAGUAGACACUUUAGAAAAAAUCAAUAAAAAAGUUAAUGCAAAAACAAUAGAAA